CGAUUAGGUGGUGGUGGUGGUCGAUUUGACGCACAGGGUUUACAUUAUCACGAGAGCAAGUCAGUGUCUAUUGGUGUCUAUGAGGCACUGGGUGACACUGGGUUAGUGUAAAAUUUUCUCAAUUUACUCUCAAAGUAUAAGAAUAUUUCUUAGCCACGUUGAAAGCCAAAAUUUUGUAAUUUUUCUAUUGCUGCAAAACUAGUUAUCAAACACUCUGCCAAGAAUAAUGAUCGUGUGUAUGGAAUAUAAUAUUAAGUGAAACUCAUUUAUGUCAAAUGGUCAACAGCAAUAACCGCAAUUAUUAGCGUUUGCAUAAAGAAUUCUUUAUAGUACAUCAGUUAAUGUACUUUUGGAAAUGUUUUCCUGACUAAUGGAAUUGAUCAACAAUGAUAACACAAGAUAUUAGGGUAUGGUAUUAUCUUGGUGAUGUAAACGACACUUCACUUGUUGAAUUUAGUGAUUUAGUGGAGAUACUCUGCGGUGAAAUUUGAAUUUUUCAAUCAACGCUCAGGACAAAGAUAUUAUUCAAUAAAUUGAUGAUUAUGCUAAAAAUUGAGAGGCAGUUACAAUCGUUGAAAUCGUCAGUGGAUCAAUAUGAUACGAGAAGUAGACAAGGAACGAAAUUCAUCGGUGUGUUUUACACCUGGAAAUCAAGAUGAUAAUGGAGAUGGCAAUGAUAAUGAAAGAGAUGAGAUACAUAUGUCAUUGGCGCCAUACAUACAGACUUAUCUCGCUCAUAGUGGACAAGGUGUUGGAUGCUGUGGAAUUGAUUUGCCAGUGCCAUUUGAAAGAGCAGCUCCAAGAUCAUGGUGGAAUCCAAAAUUCGAUUCCGAAAUUCUUGAGGAGCAGUACAAAACCAGUGCUUUUCCCCAACUAAGAUUGAGAUUUAGAUAUGCACUUCUAUACGUCCUCUUAAUCUCCCUCUGCUGGCUAAUCUACUUCAUAACCUUGGGAAUAAAAAGCUGGAUAUCUCCAUUGCCAACAAUAGCAGGCAUAUUUGCCGGGACGUUUAUCCUGAUGUCCUGUGUCUUUUACUUGACUUCGAGAGAUUACUACAGACGUUACGUAUUCACGACAUCUCUGAUUGUUUCUACUAUUCUUUGCGCCCUGUCCCUGCUCCUACUAGUCCUCGUACCACCAUAUGGAGCUACAGAGAACGAGGGAUUGAGUCUCGUCGGCCACUUUUCCCUUUGCUCAGAGAUCCAACUGCUCAUCUACACAGUUAUACCAAUGCCCCUGUACGCAUGCUUCGGUGUUUGCACCAUUUACUCUAUUCUCUUCGAGUUUCUCACAGCAUAUCUCUAUAAUCAACACAAAAAAACGACAAUAAGUCAACCGCUCGAGUUCGAUUCAACUCUCCUAACAAUCCGAAUCCUCAUGCAAAUAUGUAUCCACAUAAUCGGAGUUCAUAUUUUGAUAAUGACGUUUGUAAGAAUGAGAGGAACAUUUAUGAAAGUGGGGCAAUCUCUCCUUGUUCGACGCCAAUUGGAAAUGGAGAAACAACUCAAGGAGAAGAUGAUCCACUCGGUGAUGCCCCCAAAAGUGGCUGAUUGGUUGAUGGAGGAGAGUGAGCGAGAACGAGAGCGAGAAGAUUCAAUAAAAAAAGGAUCUAUACCGUCGAAUAAUACUGAUCUCAGAUCGCUCUUUCGUCCCUUCAAUAUGCAUUCCAUGGAGGACGUAUCUAUUCUCUUCGCUGAUAUCGUUGGCUUCACUAGAAUGAGCUCCAAUAAAACAGCUGAGCAGCUAGUGGGAAUUCUCAAUGAUCUAUUCGAGAGAUUUGACGAAUUAUGCCAGCAAAAUGGCUGUGAGAAAAUUUCCACUCUUGGGGACUGCUAUUACUGCGUGAGUGGGUGUCCAGAGCCAAGAUUGGAUCAUGCCAGGUGUUGUGUAGAGAUGGGUUUGGCGAUGAUAGAGGCAAUCAAUCAAUUUGAUGUAGAAAGAAGGGAGGGAGUUAAUAUGAGAGUAGGUGUACACACUGGAACGGUUCUUUGUGGAAUCGUUGGCACCAAAAGGUUCAAAUUUGACGUAUGGUCUAAUGAUGUUACUCUUGCCAAUAAAUUAGAAAGCACAGGAAUAGCUGGUCGAGUUCAUCUCAGUGAAAAAACAUUGAUGUUUCUCGCUGAUGAGUACUUGACGGAGGAAGGCGAGACUGUUAAGGGAGUUAAGACGUACUUUAUAAAGGGCCGAAAGUCAGAUCUCAUAAAUAAGUUCAUGAAUAAUAUUGGGCCAAUAUCAACGAGCAUAUCACCCGUUUUGCAUCCACGUCAACGAUUAUCCUCUUGCAGUAAUCAAUCGAAAUCUGGCCAGCAUUAUUUGCACAUGGUUACUAAUCCUACGAGUUAUCGAAUUAAGGCUAAUUCAUUACCAAGUAUUUUAGAUUCUGAGGCUGAUGAGUUCAAUGAGAAUAUCGGGGGUGGUGAAUUUAUAAAGGACGUUAGUCAGAGUCCUUCGAGCACAGUCAGUUAUGGAAAGAAGAAGAGAAUUAAACCUUGGAAAUAUUUGCAGAGGCAGAGAACAACUGAAGAAAUGACUCCACUUAAGAUUCAUGGAAAUAAAGCUAUUCAAUUUCAAAAGAAUAAUUCUCAGGCUAUCGAUGUGGGGCAUAAUAACGUGGAGAUGGAUCCUGAUCCUAGAGCUGUUCGUCCCUCAUUGAGUCAUGCCUCUUCAGUUUGCAGCAGAAAGGACUCUGGAAUCAGAAGUAAUAGUAGACGAAGUAGUAUUCAACAGCAGUUAUUUUUGAUGAAUGGAUUGACCCAGGGUGAUCUCCUUGGUCAAAGAGUCAGUGGAUAUUAUACAUCGAGUUCUACACUUAAUUCAAAAGAAGAUCCUUCGUCCUCUGCCGUACCAUCUUAUCCUCCUUAUCCAUUUCCUCCUGCUGUUACUGAUACAUUUGGUGCGUGCUUUCAUAAGUUGAGGAAACAGUCUGAUCUCCAGUUAAUUCGAUGUGUUCAGGACAACGUAUCCUCCCAACGGUCUUACUUCGUAAAGCCACCCCUUUCCCGAGCAACCCUCUUCUUCAAGAAUAAAGAAAUGGAGGCAGAAUACCGAGAGAAUGCUCACAAGACAAGCGAGAGCAUCGGAGGAAAUCCACCGACCCUAGCAACAUCACGAUUCAACACGUACUUUGAUAUCCUUGUGUCAGCUCUUAUUUACACUGCAAUCACCGCCUCUCUUUUAAUUCUUUGCAAUCCAACAGUGUACUUUCUGAUAUUCUGUACAAUAGCCACAGCCAUUCAGAUAUUCGUCGUGAGUCUUUGCAUACGUCAGUUAGUAGAUCCGAAUUCAGCAUACGCCAUAGCUACACAGAGAAUCUUUAAGUUUUUCACCAAGUGGUACCCUUGGCAUUGUUGCGGUGGAUUCCUGGUGAGCCUCCCCAUCACAUCGAUCUUUAUGAACCUCAACUGCAGAAAAGGCUUCGAAUCAACCCUCACAAAUCAUAUCGACUACUACUACUGUUAUUUAAUUUUCGUGAGUUUUGUACAUUUUUGCAAUUUUACACAAUUAAAUUGUUGGAUGAAAAAUGUUCUCGUGACAUUUACAGCAGUAAUUUUUGUCAUUUUUAUGGUCAGUAAUGUUGGAUCGAUUGAUCAAUCAAUUGACGUUGAUUUAGUGAUACCACAAAAUGCCUUAAACAGCUCAGAUAUAUUACCGCCAAUGGAUUUAACUUUAAAGUCCACCGAGACAGUGAACAAUAGUUUUAACAAUAUAAAUAUGACGAUUGGCUCAAUUGAUGCUGUCGAUAAGAAACAUAGACUACAGUACAACGAUGAUUUUUAUGGUAAAGAGAUAUUUAUUGAUAUUGUCCUACUUUUGAUACUCGUGUGGUUUUUAAAUCGUGAAUUUGAGAUUAGCUAUCGUUUGAGUUUUCAUGGUAAUGCCGUUGCUGCUAGGGAUAAAUCGCGAGUGCAAUCAAUGAAAAAUCAGGCUGAUUGGUUGUUACAUAAUAUAAUUCCCAAGUACGUUGCCGAUCAGUUGAAGACAACCGCUAAAUAUUCGCAAAAUCAUAAAUCUGUCGGAAUUAUAUUUGCUAGUAUUGUUAAUUUUAAUGAACUUUAUGAUGAAUCUUACUUGGGGGGGAAGGAAUAUUUGAGAGUUUUGAAUGAAUUGAUUGGGGAUUUUGAUGAGUUGUUGGAGAAAAAUGAGUACUCUAAUGUCGAGAAAAUAAAAACAAUCGGCAGUACAUUUAUGGCUGCGAGUGGGCUUAAUCCACAGGUGCGAAAUCAGAAUAGUCACAUGUUUCAGCAUCUAUUCGAGCUAUUGGAUUUUGCUGUCUCAAUGCACAAAGUUAUUUAUGAUUUUAAUAGAGAUCUGUUGGGAUUUAAGUUGAUACUGAGAGUCGGAUUCAAUUUUGGGGAUGUAACUGCUGGGGUAAUUGGUGCAACUAAACUUUAUUAUGAUAUUUGGGGAGAUGCUGUUAAUAUUGCCUCUAGAAUGGAUUCAACAGGUGUUGAUGGCAGAAUUCAAUUGCCCAGUUGUUGCAUUGAGGUUUUGAAUGAGCGUUAUGAGUUUCAACCUAGGGGACAAGUUUAUGUUAAGGGAAAGGAUAAUAUGGAUGUUUCUCUUUUGAUUGGUAAGAGAAAUUAAGGCCCGGAUGGACAGUCUGGAAAAGAUAAUUUACUCCAAAAUUGGGACUUCUAAUUACU